UCUCUCCAUUAAAUCUUUCUUCUCUUUAUGUAUCUCUAAAACCUCGAGACUUCUUGAAUUGUAAACUUCUCAAAACCAUUCUGCAAGAACGUGUAAACAUGUCCGACCACCAGAAAAUCCACCCGGUUAACGACCCGGAAGCUCCACCUCCGACCCAUCCAACGGCUCCUCUUGUUCCACGUGGCUCCUCAAGAUCAGAACACGGUGACCCCACCAAGGUUUCUCUGACGCAACCACCACCGUUGGAUCUUCCUCCGCGGAACAAAAGAGGAAGAAGAAGUUGUUGGUGCAGGUGCCUGUGUUACACGCUCCUCGUUCUUUUUCUCCUUGUUGUCAUCGUAGGAGCGGCCGUUGGUAUACUCUACCUUGUUUUUAGACCGAAAUUACCGGAUUACAAUAUCGACCGGUUACAACUCACCCGGUUUACGCUUAACCAAGAUUCGAGUUUGUCCACGGCGUUUAACGUCACCAUUACCGCCAAAAAUCCAAAUUCGAAGAUCGGAAUUUACUAUGAGGAAGGAAGCAGAAUUAGCGUAUUGUACAUGCAAACCAGACUUAGCAAUGGAUCACUGCCGAAAUUCUACCAAGGACAUGAGAAUACGACUACUAUAUUCGUAGAAAUGACUGGUUAUACUCAGAAUGCAACCGGUUUGAUGACGACCUUGCAAGAGCAACAACAGUUAACUGGAAGCAUACCGUUGCGGAUUAGAGUUACCCAACCGGUUAGGAUUAAACUCGGGAAACUAAAGCUGAUGGAAGUAAAAUUCUUGGUGAGGUGUGGUGUAUCCGUUGAUAACUUGGCUGCUAAUAAUGUUAUUAGGGUUAGAAGUAGUAAUUGCAAAUUUAGAUUUAGACUAUAAUUUCAUUUUUCAUUCAAAAUCAUAUUUUAUUUUAUUUAAUCGGAGUUUGUAUUACAAUAUAUAUGGAGGGGUUGAGUCGUAGUUCUCCCCCCGACCCACCAUCAGCCUCCUUUACUUUUGGUUUUUAAAGAAUAAACAAACAGUUUUGUU